UUCGUUUCGUUCUGAUACAUUGCGCGAUCAAUCAUCCCCACACAAACAACAAACACGAAGCUGACUGCCACACAAAUCAGCCAGCCCCAGCAAGCAAGCACGGCAGCCAUCCGCCGCAAGCCCUGAUGCUGGCGCUUGCUUGCCUUCUGCCUUGCCUCACUACUUCUCUCAACCUACCCUCGCUACCUCACUCGCUGCAUCGCUGCAUCGCUGCCUCGCUGCAUCGCUGCCUCUCGAUCUACCUUGUUCGCUUGUUGGCAACCACCACGCACACCAAGAGAAGACAAGCCAAGCCAAGAUGCUCAACAACACGGCGUUGCUGGCGGUUGGACCGGAUCCCAACUGCAACGAGAACGUCCACGGCUCGGAUAUUGAGCGCCUGGUUCUCCUCAUCUUCGGCGGCGCCGUCAUCUUCAUGCAAUGCGGCUUUGCCAUGCUGGAAGCCGGCUUCUUGCCAAAGCACGGCGUCGCCAACAUCCUGUUCAAGAACAUGUCAGACAGCUUUGUUGGGCUGCUCGGUUUUUACAUCUUCGGCUACGCCCUUGCAUUUGGCGGUAACUUUGACGAAGGCGAGACAGGCAUCAUCCUAGGCACCCGCGGGUUUGCGUUGGCGGGAGUAAGCUCGUGCGAGCUGCCGUUUUUCCUGUUCCAGUACGCAUUUGCCGCGACCUCUGUGACCAUCAUAUCCGGUGCGCUCGGCACGCGCUCGUCCUUCACCACCUACAUGACGUACUCCUUCCUCUUUCCCGCCUUCAUCUACCCGCUACCCGCCCACUGGCUGUGGGCGAAAAAGGGCUGGCUGCUCACCGGCUCAAGCAAUGUUGGCGUUGCGGACUUUGCUGGCGCCGGUGCUGUGCACAUGGUCGGUGGGAUGGCAGCGCUCGUUGGCUGCAUGCUGGCUGGCCCAGGCUUUGACCGGGGCACACAGAGCAACUUCAAGCGCAACCCGCCACAUUCGAUCCCCCUGGUGGUCCUUGGUCUGUUCAUCCUGUCCUUUGGCUUCCUCUUCUUCAACGGGGGCUCUGUUGUCUCGUACACGCUGCGUGUGAACACGCAUGCACUUUCUGGUAUUGGCCUGGCAAUGAUCAACACAGUGCUUGCAGCCAGUGGUGGCGGUUUGGCCAUGGUUGCCCACAGCAAGCUAAGACGUGGGGUGCUGAGCAUCACACGUGCUGUGAACGGCAGCAUUGCCGGCAUGGUGGCCGUUUCAGCAUGCGCAGGAUUUGUGCAGCCGUGGGCGGCGCUUAUUGUCGGUGUUGCCGGUGGGAUCAGCUAUCUUGGAUUCAGUACUGUACUUCAAAGGCGGAGAGUCGACGAUGCGAUUGACGCAAGCAGCGCCCACUUUGCCCCUGGCGCCUGCGGCCUCCUCCUUGGCCCGUGGCUUUUCUUCCAGCAAGGCAUCGUCUACGAUCCGUCUCCAGACGCCUUUCGGCGGUUUGGGUGGCACGUGCUGGGCGUGCUUGUGCUGUCGCUUUGGACGGCUGCAUUGUCCUUUGUCAUGUUUGUCGCCCUCAAACUCACGGGCGUGCUCCUCGUCUCUGAAUUCGCCGACAGAUAUGGCGUCGACCGCUUCGAACACGAUGAGGUGGCCUACGACGUCCCUCGCGAAAGCAACAUCCAAACGCUCACACAAACGAGCCCGCACGUAUCGCCCGUCAUCAAACGAGCCGACAAGUCAAGACAAGCAGUUGUGUAA